CUAAGCCCGUCUGCGAUCCCUAUUUAACCCGAACCCCUAGGGUUCCUUCCGCCUCUUCCCUCCUGCGAGACCAAACCAAAGCUGCGGCGGCGCGGGCGUAGAAGGCGGAGCAGCCACCGACGCCACCAUGGGUAUCUCCCGUGACUCCAUGCACAAGCGCCGGGCCACCGGUGGGAAGAUGAAGGCGUGGAGGAAGAAGCGAAAGUAUGAGCUCGGCCGCCAGCCAGCUAACACUAAGCUGUCCAGCAACAAGACUGUGAGGAGGGUCCGUGUCCGUGGAGGUAAUGUGAAGUGGAGGGCUCUGCGCCUGGAUACUGGUAACUUCUCAUGGGGAAGUGAGGCUGUCACCCGCAAGACCCGUCUCCUGGAUGUGGUUUACAACGCAUCAAACAACGAGCUGGUUCGCACCCAGACUCUUGUGAAGAAUGCCAUUGUCCAAGUUGAUGCUGCUCCCUUCAAGGGGUGGUAUCUGACACACUAUGGAGUGGACAUUGGCCGCAAGAAGAAAACCACUGCUGCUGCAAAGAAGGACGCAGCUGAGGGACAAGAGGGUGAGGUAGCUGCAGCUGCCACAGAGGAGGCAAAGAAGAGUAACAAUGUCCAGCGGAAGCUGGAGAAGCGUCAGCAGGGACGCACUCUGGAUGCCCACAUCGAAGAGCAGUUCAGUGGUGGAAGGCUGCUGGCCUGCAUCUCUUCCCGCCCUGGUCAGUGUGGCAGGGCUGAUGGGUACAUCCUGGAGGGCAAAGAGCUGGAGUUCUACAUGAGGAAGCUCCAGAAGAAGAAGGGCAAGGGUGCCUCAGCUUAGAUCACUCCUAUGUGCUUUAUGGAAGGCUGCAUGUUUCAUUCCUGGUUUUGUUAGUUGUCUCGUCCAUGUUGUCUUCAGACAUGCUGAACUCUAUUUUAUGCAAGUGAAUCGACUCUAGCUUGGAACGACUGAGUAUAUUUUGCCUGCUUCCAUAUCCAUAAUAUUGUCAAUCUGUUCCAUUUA